GUUGUGGUCACUUUUUCCCAUCAAUUGGGACGUUAAGAAUUCGUUUUAUAUUAUUCGUACAGCCUGUUUUCUGAUUUGAAGUCCCCUUUGAUUUAACUCACAUUUGUUCUUUAAGAUUUCACUUCCGUUGCAGCAAUGGCUCUCUCCUUGCAACGCUACACUUGGGCACAUGAGACCGACCCUUUCACUCAAUUCAUGAAACAAAGAAUUGAGAAGGAAAAAGAGAGAUCCAUGUUAAUUGCAUUAGAGAAGAUUGAUUAUUUGCCUGAAAAUCUGAUUAUUGAGAUUUUGUCAAGGCUGCCGGUAAAAGAUCUGUUGCAGUUUAAGAGUGUGUGCAAAUUAUGGUGUGAGAUUAUUUCGAGCCCGAAUUUUGUAUCAAAACAUCUGAAUAAUUACUAUAAAACAAAUGACGAGUGGCGCGGUUGUCUCCUUGUUCAAUCUUAUGUUUCACAAGCUGAAAUUGUAUUGUAUGAGUUGUUUUUAGAUGAAACUCCUCGAGUAUUAGCUUCUGAAGUGUUGUAUGAUAUGCCGAUGUAUUGCUCUUAUGUUUCUGGUCCCUGUGAUGGAUUGUAUUAUGUGUAUCAUUACGAUAGAAGUGGUCGUGCUUUGUGGAAUCCGGCUAUUAAUGAGUUCAAAACUUUGCCUGAGAUAAUUUGUAAGCCUGAUUUUCCGGCUGAGUUCAUAUAUGCUACGAAUGAAGUUUUUGGUUUCGGGUUUGAUCAUGUUACAGGCGAUUAUAAGGUGGUUGUUAUGAAAGGUUAUUGGAAUGCUAAUGCUGAUAUUCAUCUCAAGCAUCCUGUGUCAGUCCUUGUGUACUCAUUAAAGACUGAUUCGUGGAGGUAUUGUGGAGAUCUGGCUCAAGCUUAUAGCUUGAAACAGAACAAGUGUUACAUAUAUGUCAAUGGAUGUUGUUAUUGGCUCGGAUCACUAGAAUAUGGCUCUGAAGUGAUCAUUUCUUUUGAUAUGGCUAAUGAUUCAUUCAAAGAGAUUGAUGUUCCGGACUAUGCACAGCCAAGUUCUAAGUGUCUUGCGGUAUAUGAUGAUUCUCUUGUGUUUCUGUCUCUCCAUGAUAAUGAAAAUAAUCUUGAUAUUUGGACCUGGAGCGAGGGGUGUUGGACUAAGAAAUUUACUUAUGGACCGCUUCCUGGUGUUUGGUGUCCUGUCGGUCACUGGAAGGGUAAAUGGCUCUUACUACAAUUUAAUCAUGGACUAGUCUUAUUCGAUCCCGAGACUCUUGAAACACAGGAUCUUAGGUUUCAGACGGAAAAUUUGUGUGAAGGAGUGUUUGCAUACAUGGAAAGUCUGGUUUCUAUCAAAGAUAUACAAGAACGAGGCACGACAGCAGCAUGAGGAAAUCGUAUUUUUGCUUUUAUAGCCGCUGGUUAAUUGAAACAGAUGCUCACUUGGUGUUCUUUUGCUUUCAUUAGUAAUUUGAGCACUAUAUGUGUUUAGUAAAAGCUUUUUCUCUUCCACUGUGCUAUUCAUUCGAGUUCUAUAUGUAAUCUCUGUUAUUCGGGUACUCAAGUCGACACAUUGUACGGUAUGGAGAACAAAUACUUUAACCUUCAAUUUGGAUCAUGAACAUAAUUAUUUUGGUAAAACGGCUGUAUCUGUCACAUGAACUUUAGUUUAGCUUGAAGUUGUUUCUAAGCUUGUAUUUUAACUUCAAGUAUGUAGACCCCUUCACCUUCAAU